UUCCGCCUUCAGUUUGCUACAUGAGGGAGGCGGAGCCGCAGUGGGGGCGCGCCUUAUUUGCAUCAUUUCCGGUGAGCCCAGCAGUGACCACGGCAACAUGGCCUUGAACGGUGCAGAUGUCGAUGAUUUCACCUGGGAGCCUCCGACUGAAGCUGAGACGAAGGUGCUGCAGGCGCGACGGGAGCGGCAGGAUCGCAUCUCUCGUCUCAUGGGCGACUACCUGCUCCGUGGUUACCGCAUGCUAGGCGACACGUGCGCGGACUGCGGGACGAUCCUCCUCCAAGAUAAACAGCGGAAAAUCUACUGCGUGGCUUGUCAGGAGCUCGACUCAGACGUGGAUAAAGAUAACCCGGCUCUGAAUGCACAGGCAGCCCUCUCUCAAGCUCGGGAACACCAGCUGGCCUCUACUACAGAGCCUGCCUCCAGCUCUCGGCCCCCAUCCCAGCCACCAGUACCCCGUCCAGAGCACUGUGAGGGAGCUGCAGCAGGGCUCAAGGCAGCCCAGGGGCCUCCUCUUCCUGCUGCACCUCCAAAUGCAGACGUGGUGGCUUCCACACAGACAGCCCUCCUACAGAAGCUAACCUGGGCGUCAGUCGAGCUGGGCUCUAGCGCUUCCUUGGAGACUAGUAUCCAACUUUGUGGGCUUAUCAGGGCUUGUGCUGAGGCCCUGGGCAGCCUGAAGCAGCUGGAGCACUGAGGCCUCUACCCUCACCCCUGUUCCCCCUGAGAAAAACCCUCUAGAAAAACAGCUUUUCCUCCGUGUGGUCUGUUCCUUUCUUGCCUCUGAGUGUGCAUGCAAGCCCAGCUCUGCUCGACGUUUUUUCUUAUUUUUGGUAUCUCACCUUUCCAUGGUCUUUUUCUACCUGAAUGGAGAGGUUCUACAUUCAGGACAAGAUGUAAAUGAUAGGGAUAAAUGACACCUUAUUUUAAGGAGUGACCUCAGUCCCCUCAAAAGUUGGGUCACUAUCAUUGUCUCUGAUCCUAUACCCCCUUCAUCCACCUUUUGGACCUGAUUGCCAUUUGAAGUUUAGUCCCCUUGGUGGUUUCCUUUCCU